AUGGACACGUCAGUCGGCUGUUGCGCGUGUACCGAUUGCGGUGGAACCAACAACAUCGACACAUGCUUCUGGGAAGGUCGUACACCACAGCAUGCCCGCUCAAACCCAUCCAGCGCCAACUCCGAGGAUGAUGUCGACUGCCUGUCCCCACCGUACUUCUCUGCGAGAGAGGCGCUGACGGACGAAGACGACAACAACGAUGAUGAAGGCGACGACAACGACACCGGAGAGUCCCACAGCGGCAGCAGCAGCAGCAAUGCCAACGGCCGCAGCAAGCGCGUGGCUGUGUCCGUCCCCACAUCACCGCGUCGCGGUCAGCCGCCCACGGACAGGCAUGGCAGUGAUCCAACAUGCCCGUCAUCAUUGCACCAUGCGCACAAGCUUCACUCCCCAACGUCGCGCGGCAGCGUCGACGUGGUGUCCGCCAUGCGAAGUGGCAGCGGCAGCAGCGACAAGAGCAGCGCUGUGUCGUCCACCUCGCCAGACAGCGACAAGGCUCGCUCGCGCACGAACAGCCGCAGCCGCCUCAUCCGCGCCUCUCUCCGCAACAUCUCCAGCAUUGUCAAGAAAGGCAGCGGGAGCCCCAAGGCGUCGCGCCGUGCACAAGCCAACAGCAGCAGCACCAGCAGCAGCGGCAACAGCAACGGCAACGGCAACGGGAACGGCAGCACCGAUGGUGGCAGAAGUGGUCGAAGCAAGGACAGCCGGUUGGGGUCUGUCGAAGGUGACCACGACCGCAACUACCCAGCGUCCACGAGCGUUAGGGGCCGCGGCUUUGCCCCCGGCAGUGGGCGGUCAAGGCAGGGUGGGAGUCGACACGGCACCACACCUGCAGAGGCAGCCGUUGGUAACACAGCAACACACGCAACAACACCGCCACCACCGCCGCCGCCACCGGCAACCGGCGCAACGACAACAUCUUCGUUGUCAGCGACAGCAGGCGUUCCGACCAUCACCUCCUCCGGAACAUAUGGGGAGAGCAGAGCGCGGUCGUAUGCCACCGCGACGAGGCCAGCGGGUGCUGUUGCCACUGGUGCCAUUGCUGCCGUUGCUGAUGGUGGGGAUGAUGGGGGUGAUGACGAUGCACAGGACAAGGGCGGGUCGAAGAAGAAGAAGAAGAAAAAGAAGAAGAAGUCAGGGCGCCGCUCAAGUGGUGUUGCCCCCAUCGACGACCAGGGCGAGCUUGUGGAUACGUCCUCCGCAGCAGACGUCGCCAGCAACACGUCUGCCACAGGCAGUGCAAACACCAAGAGCAAGAGCAAGGGCAAGGGCAGCACGGCCGCAUCUUCAGGCAGCAACAUCACCACCACCACCAGCAGUAGUACCACGAGCGCCAGCAGCAGUGGCACCGGCCGGUUUUCGAAGAAGGAGCGCGGCAUCAGCAAGAAGAGCGUGACCAUCACGGUUGGCGAGUACCAGCACAUCCAGGAGCAGGUCACCACACUGCAGCAGCGGCUGCACGAUGUUGAGCGGCAGCGCGACGCCCUGGCGCAGACGGCGCAGCGGUCGCGCACGCAGCUGGGGCGGCAGGUGCAGGACCUGCAGGUGAAGCUGACGGAGGUGCAGCGGGAGAAGGAGGACGCGGCAGAGAAGGCAAAGGCUGCAGCCCAGGAGCUGGAGACGGAGCGCGGACAGUACAAGGAUGAGGUGGAGCGCAUGAAGCACGAGGUGGCCGUGUUGCAGCGGCGCCUGCGCACGACCACACGCACCCGGCAGCCGAGUCUGGACACGCUGCACCAGUCGUCUGCCGCGUCCAAGCCAGGAAGCCCGCUGCUCCACCAGAUGAACUCGUUCCCAACACAGGCACAGGCACAGGCGCAGGCACAGGCACAGGCACAGGCACAGCUGAUGCAUGGCCAGGUGCCGUCGUAUGCGGUUGGUGGUGGCGGCGGUGGCGGGCAGGGGUACUCGCACGUGGUGAUGCGGCCCGUGAGCGUGGCGUCGUACACCGCUGGCGCCGCCCCGCCCUCACCGCUCAUCCACGCAGCCGCAGCCACAACGGGACCAGCAGCGCUACCGCCAGCAGCACCCACCGCAACCACCGCGCCGCCCACUGGCCCGGGCGGCGCCGUGCUCACACGGCCGCACUCGUUCCACCAGAUGAUACCAGCGACAUACCCGCACGCCGCGCAACAGCAACAGUUUCAGUUCCCGCAGCACAUGCAACCCCAACCGCAACCGCAGGCGUACCCGGUGCAGCAAGGGUACUUCCAGCAGGCAGCACCACAGCCAGCGCUGCCGUUGGACGAGCGGCCCCGCAGCGGCAGCUCGCGCAUGUCGCUUGCAUCAAGCCACGGCUCGGAUGACGCAAGCAGCCUGGCGUCGUUCACGCGCGGGCGGAGUGGCAGCGAGGCGGCCGUGGCAGCGGUACACAUGUCCAAGGGCUCGGCGGCGCGAGCGCUGUUUGGGCGCAGCAGUGGCGAGGACUCGGCGUCGUCGUCGCCAUCGACAGCAGCGGCAAUGGCAGCAGCAGUGGCCGGUGGUGCGGACGGUGCUGUGCGAGGAAGGAGCGACAAGCAGCCGCUGAGUGAAGAAGCGGAGGAGGAAAACGAGGAGGAGGAGGAGGACGUGACAACAGUCGUCGGGGAUGCAGCAAGUGAGGCGAGCGGCACUGGUCGCAGCAACAGCAAUACCACCAGUGGCAGUGGUGUUGCCUCACGCCUGCGUGAGGCCACUGCUGGAUCCGGCAGCGCUGAUGAUGACACGCACAGCGACUGCUACGGGUUUGGGUUUGCGACGCCACGAAAGCGGGCGAGCACCAUCUCUGACCCAGGAAUGUUCAAGCAGCAGCCGCUGCUGGGCAUUUCACCAGACCGCCCCACACUCCCACCGGCGCAUGUAUACGCGCAACAACAACAACAACAACAGCAGCAGCAGCGCGCGUAUGCCAUGAUGGGGCAAGCAGCUGGCAUGGGUGCACGCUCACUGAGCGGAAGCCUGACGCGGGUGUCUGCAACGCAGCAACAGAUGUACGCGAAUGCAGCAGGGCAUUACCCAUACCAAGCUCCCCACCAACCUCAUCCCCAUCAUCGCCUUCAACACCAGCAGCACCAGCACCAGCACUCAACGCCGUCAUCAACGUCGCACCACGCGUCGUCGUCCAAGUCGCAGUCGCAGGCGUCGCCGGCGCUGUCGUACGCCAUGCGCGAUUCGCUCGUCCCAUAUGUGCAGCACUUGCACGUGCUGCAGAUGCAGGUGGCGCAGGCGCGGGGCAAGCUGUUGCGCAAGCACCCGCCGUGUGCCAUUACGCUGUCGCCCCGCUGGGACGGGACGGGCUCGCCUCUGCUGUAUCACAUGAACGCGGCCAUCUUUGCCAUCCAGCCGCACGUCGUGCACGCGGUGGUGUACUCGUUUGGCGUGAAGGAGGUGUUUUUGGUGGGCGCGUCUGCGUGGAACGCCUACUGCAACCCGCCGCUGCAGACGGAGGACCUGGACUUUGUGUCCCUCCACGACUCUGACGGCAUUCUGAAGAGAAUGCAGAAGGGCGUGCAGGUGGCGCUGGAGAAACCAGAUGUGCUGAUACCGCUGCAGCGGCUGGCUGCGAUUGAGCCGCUCACGCACAACUGGCAGGAGCUCGACGAGGAGAUGCGGGGCAUCAUGAUGGAGCGAAUUCGGGAGCAGGAGGAGCGCACCGACUUUAAGGAGGCGCCCGGGGCGACGCUGCUCAGGAUAAAGCCAAACGGCGCAGGCUGGGCCGUGCAGGUGAAGUUCCGCACGCUGAUGGACAUCACGACUGCGCAUGACCAGCACCGCGACAAGUUGGUGGCGCAGUGCAUCAAGCAGCCCCUCUCCCGCGUGCUCUCCACCCGCCUCGUGUACAAGUUCACCAGUGGUCUCGACGCAAUCCUGCGGGUUGCUUCGCCCGAACUCCUACUGCUGCUGCUUGAGGAAUCGCUUGCCAAGGGCCAGUGCUGGCGCCUACAGAAGGAUCUGAUGCGCCUUCGUAUCCUGAGCGAGGCCGCGGCCUUGGAGGAGCUCAGCGGCGGCGGUGCGCUGGCUGCACUCGGCAGCAGGUGGGAGCAGGUGCUGGCCCGCUUUGAUCCCGCGUGGAAUGACUACGUGUUCCACCUGCGCAAGCUGGCGAGACACGUGCACGCGCUGGGCGAUGUCGAGAACCGCGUGCAUCGCACACUGUCGCGGUCGACGUCUGUCUCCUCUGUCAGCUCUGCCACCACGGCCUCGUAG